AUGUCAACUGCAGCUCUAGUGGUAUCCAAAGACAAAAAGAACUUCUCUGGGGAAGAGAAGCUGACAUUUGACAUUUUCGACCCUGAAAGAGGAGGACAUCAACACGAAGUAAUAGUGAAGAAAGAAGAGGUAGAUUUUGCAUCCAGACCAGAAAGUCAUCUUGUAAAUGAAAAUGAAUUUGGGAAUUUCGAACAAUCCAUAAAUGUGUAUGAAGGUAAAAGGCCCAAUGAAUGUAACAUCUGUAUGAAAACAUUUAAUCAUCUACAUGAGUUACUGACACACAUGAGUAUACAUACAGAUAAAAAACCUUAUAAAUGUGAUGUGUGUGGAAAGGCAUUCAAACACCCACAUGACAUAGAGAGACACAUGAGGACACAUACUGGUGAUAAACCUUAUAAAUGUGAUUUGUGUGGGAGGAAAACCUACCAGUUAUGUCACCUACAUGUACACAUGAGGACUCAUAUAGGUGAAAAACCUUAUAAAUGUGAUGUGUGUGGGAAGGCAUACAGCCAGUCACAAUGUUUAAAGAUACACAUGAGGACACAUGCAGGUGAUAAGCCUUAUGAAUGUGAUAUAUGUGGAAAGGCAUUCAACUGGCCUGGAAAUCUACAGAAACACAUGAGGACACAUACUGGUGAAAAACCUUAUAAAUGUGAUGUUUGCGGGAAGGCAUUUACACUGUCACAUCACCUACAGAAUCACAUAAGUAUACAUACAGGUGAUAAACCUUAUAAAUGUGAUGUGUGUGAGAAAUCAUUCAACAGAUUAAAUAACCUACAAAGGCACAUGUGGGCACAUACAGGUGAUAAACCUUAUAAAUGUGAUGCAUGUGAGAAAGCAUUCAAAAGAUUAAAUAACUUGCAGAGGCACAUGAGGACACAUACAGGUGAUAAACCUUAUAAAUGUGAUGCAUUUGGCAAAGCAUUCAACAGAUUGAAUAACUUACAAGCACACAUGAGGACACAUACAGGUGAUAAACCUUAUAAAUGUGAUGUGUGUGGGAAAUCAUUCAACAGAUUAAAUACCAUACAAGCACACAUGAGGACACAUACAGGUGAUAAACCUUAUGUAUGUGAUGUGUGUGGGAAUGCAUUCUCCCUUUCAGAAAACUUACAGAGGCACAUGAGGACACAUACCGGUGAAAAACCUUAUAAUUGUGAUGUGUGUGGGAGAGCAUACCCUCAUUCUUAUACUCUACAGAAACACAUGAGGACACAUACCGGUGAAAAACCUUAUUUAUGUGAUUUGUGUGGGAAAGCAUUCAACCUCUCACAAACCUUACAGAGGCACAUUAGUUUACAUACAGGUGAUACACCUUUUCAGUGUGAUGUUUGUGGAAAGGCAUUUAAACUGUCACAUCACCUACAGGAGCACAUUAGAAUACAUACAGGUGAUAAGCCUUAUAGAUGUGAUGUGUGUGGGAAGGAAUUCAGUCGGUCACCUGACUUAAAGAGACAUAUGAGGACACAUACAGAUGAUAAACCUUAUAAAUGUGAUUUCUGUUGGAAAGCAUUCAACAGAUUAAAAAGCUUACGGGCACACAUAAGGGAACAUACAGGUGAUAAAAUUUAUAAAUGUGAUGUGUGUUGUAAAGCAUUCAACCAGUCAAGUAUCUUAAAGAAACACAUUAGGACACAUAUAGGUGAUAAAUCUUAUAAAUGUAAUGUAUGUGGGGAGGCAUUCGCGGAUUGUAAUACCUUACAGUCACACAUGAGGACACAUACCAGUGAAAAAUCGUAUAUAUGUGAUGUGUGUGGAACGGCCUUCUGCCAGUCACAUCAUUACACAUACUGGUGAAAAACCUUACAAAUGUGGCUAAUUCAAGAUUAAAGGGACGUUCUUUGAAUAAAUGCUACAUUUCUGGAUGUGGUUUGAAUAAAUGUCAGUGUGACAUAUGAAAGAGAAUCUCUGACAUAUAUAUAUGAAAAAGGGAGUAUGGAUAAAUGUGACAUAAAUGAAAAGGUCUUGAUAAAUAUAUCAUAUGAAAGAAAGGGUCUUUUGAUAAAUAUGUCAUAUGAAAGAGGGAAUUUGGAUAAUAAUGACAUAUAAAAGAGGGACUUUUAUUAAUGAUGGCAUAUGAAAUAGGGAAUUUGAAUAAUCAUGACCUUUGAAAGAGGGAUUUUGAAUAAUUAUGACAUAUGAAAGAGGGUCUUUGGAUAAAUAAGACAUUCAUGUAUGAAAGAGGUACUUUGAAUAAUUACGACACAUGAAAAAGGGACUUUGAAUAAUUUUGACAUAUGGAAGAGGGACUUUGAAUAAAUAUGACGUAUGAAAAAGGGAUUUUGGAUAACUAGGACAUAUGAAAGGGGGACUUUUGAGAAAUGGGACUCGGUGGAGGGAUUGGUUAUAUAGAUUGACUAUUUACAGUUUAAAGUCCCUCUCCAGAAUAUUUCACAGAUAUGGAGACGUCACCAUUGCCAGUGAAGGGAUGCAGAUUUAGGCCUAUGCUCGGCACUUACGGCCUUUGAGCAGGAAGGGAUCUUUAUCGUGCCACACCUGCUGUGACAUGGGGCCUCGGUUUAUACGGUCUCAUCCGAAGGACCACCCCAUUUACUCGCCUUUUACGACAAGCAAGGGGUACCGAGGACAUAUUCUAACCCGGAUCCCCACGGGGCGACUCGGUGGAGUGGUGUAGGAUACAUGACGCAUAUGUUGGAGGUUCUUCUUAUAAAUUUUGCAUAAACAUAUAUGUUAAAUAACCGUGACUUGUCUAUUGGAAGGGACUUUAUAUUUGACAUGAAACGAAGACUCUGGAUAAAUAUGACAAACAUAUGAAAGAGGGAGUAUGGAUAAAUGUGAGAGGAGCUUUUAAAAAAUGCUACUUAUGUGUGAAUGAUUUAGAAUAAAUAUGACAUAUGAAAGAGAGACUUUUGAUAAAUGGGACUCGGUGGAGGGGUGUAGGAUAAAUGAUGCAUAUGUUGAAGGUACUUCUUAUAAAUAUUAAAUAAACAUGUAUGUUGGAUAACCGUAGCUUGUCAAUUGGUAAGGACUUCUAAUUGAAUUUUCGAGUGGGAGGGACUGAUACAGGUUCCAUGCUUCUUCAAUUUCAAAUGAAUGAGGAAAAAAAACUAAUAAUAAUUGUGAAAAGACAUUUAAAUAGUCAUUACGUG